CACAAAGUGUUCUGUCUCAAACACUGUGAACUGCAGAGAACAAGACAGAAUAAAGAAACAUUGAUAAAACAACGACAUCAUAAUGACAUCAGAAACCAACAGCUUUAAAGAAGACAAGGACAUCUUGCUCACCAAAUAUAAUACCAACACACACAGCACCAAGAAGAAUAAAGCCUCAUCCAAAGGCAAACCCUCUGACAUGAUAUAUGUGGUCGGAGGCUGGAGUAAAGAUGACCCAUCCUGUCCAGUUGAGCAGUUCUGUCCUCAGUAUAACGAGUGGAAAAUGACCGCUCCAAUGCUACAUCCCCGCGGUGACACGGGGGUGUGUGCUCUGGACGGGGUCAUCUAUACUCUGGGCGGGUCUGAUGAUGUCACUUGUUUAAGCAGUGUGGAGAGGUAUCAUCCAGAGAGCAACACUUGGACUGUGGACGUUCCUUCACUCUCCUCGCCAAGGUCAAGAGUGUGUGUGUUAGAGAUGGAUGGAUGUCUUAUUACACUUGGGGGUUUUGAUGGAAUGACCUGCAUUAACACCGUAGAGAGGUAUGACCCAUUGAAGAACUCUUGGUCUAAGUUGACUCCGAUGUUGAGGAACAGGGCAGCUGCAUCAGCCGCAGUCCUGAAUGGUGAAAUAUUUGUUGUGGGAGGAACAGAUGGAGAUAUGCCGCUGGAUUCAGUUGAGCAUUUUGACCCAUUUGAGGGAUGCUGGUCUCUGUGUCCAACCAUGUCAACCCCGAGGGAAGCUUCGGGAUGUGCCGUAUUUCUUGGCUGUCUGUAUGUGGCUGGAGGACGGGAUGAACUUGGCCUGUCAUUGAGCAACGUGGAGAGAUACGACCCAGACAAUUUCCACUGGAGCCCAGUUAGAGCGAUGAACAAUAAGAGAUUUCAGGUCUCUUUAGUGGUGUUUAAUGGCUUUCUAUUGGCUAUUGGAGGAUCUGAUGGUGUUAGUGAUCAUAAAACCAUGGAGGCGUAUGACUAUGAGACAAAUUCCUGGAGACAUUUUGGCAGUAUGAAGUCCAAGCAUCCAGGUGGACACGCGGCUCUGGUUAAGGCUUUCUAAAAUAUACCAAUACGAGU